AACGCUAAGUUAGACAAGCGAGCCAAAGUGCUGGAGAAGGAACUCAGAGUCGCCAUGGACUCUCAGAAUCACGAACUAGAGCAGAAGCUGUUAAAGUCCUGGCUCCACCUGGUACACGAGCGGAACACUCUGGUGAGGAAACAGGAUGAUCUAAACUCUCUGCAGAACGAGGAGGACCUAGAGGAGAGGUGCUGUGUGGUGCUCAAGGAGAUGAGGAGAUAUCAGAACAUGCGCGACACGACUAAAACAGUACAUGACGUGGAACGAGAAGAACAGCUAGAGGAGGAGUAUCGGGAUAUUCUUAAGAAGCGGGAGCUCUUGCUCAGGAUACGAGACGAUAUCAACACAGUUUCAAUGGAGGAGGAAGCUGAGUUCCGCUCUGUAAUAGAGAAACCGAAACUUCUCCAAGAUCAAUCCUCCUGUAAAGUCUCGUGAGGAAAAAAAGUAGUUAAAAGUUGUCUCAUCUUCUGCCAACUAACACGACCCUCUCACGUGCGCUUACUAAAGGACAGUUACACACACAGUUAUAAUGCUGGUGGUUACUACUGGUUACUACUGGUUACUACUGGUUACUACUGGUUACUACUGGUUACUACUGGUUACUACAGUAAUAAUGCUGGUGGUUACUACUGGUUACUACUGGUUACUACUGGUUACUACUGGUUACUACUGGUUACUACUGGUUACUACUGGUUACUACUGGUUACUACUGGUUACUACUGGUUACUACUGGUUACUACAGUAAUAAUGCUGGUGGUUACUACUGGUUACUACUGGUUACUACUGGUUACUACUGGUUACUACUGGUUACUACUGGUUACUACUGGUUACUACUGGUUACUACUGGUUACUACUGGUUACUACAGUAAUAUAGCUGGUAUAAUCCUGUGUAUUUUGAGUGGGAGAGGCUGGAUAGUGCAUAGGUUUUUUACUUAAACUAAAGAGAUCUACAAAUAUUUUCAACUUUAGUCCCGGUUAUGCUGCUGUAAAACCCAGGUUAACUAUAAGGGGACCCAUUUUAUUUACGAUACUACAGGGUGGGCCACAAUUCACAAUCUGUACACUGUGUAGCAGUACAAACAUGUUGAAUAACGCACAUAAUUAAAGCCUUAUAGAGUCAUACUUAGAUUCCCUGACAGUUUCCAUCACAGUGGGUGAGCCACUCCCUCAUUUCCUCUAUUUUCGUUAUCAAAUGGAAACGCUCUGAACUAGAAAGUCGAUAUUUACUGAAUGCUAUUAUAUAUGUUAUUUAAGUGUUGUGCGUGUUAAGAUGAUUCUGGCCCACCCUGUAUAAUGCCCUAGGACAUGAGAUUUGUAAAUAUUUUUGUCUUGAUUUUUCUUUAGAUUUUCCUUCUAUCAGAUAAAAAAUGAAUUCUGAAUUGUCACUGUCUUGUGAGAGCAGCCUGCAUGAAAAUAAUUCUGAAUCAAAUGAAGUAUUUCCAGUAAUACUAGUAAAGAGUCACGUUGAAGCCACGUGACUGCCCACGUGACUGCCCACGUGACUGCCCGCGUGACUGCCCACGUGACUGCCCACGUGACUGUGUAUAUAGCUCACGAGACAGCGACAGUUUCACACAGAACAAUUAUUUCUUCUUGUUUUGAUUUCCUUAAUUAAAGCUUUUAUUAUCAAGUUACUUCCUUGAAACACGAGGUUACUAGUGGUUACUAUUGGUUACUACUGGUUGCUAUAGUUACUUGUUUUUAUGAUUUAAAUUUUAAAAUGAUUAGAUUAAGUUAUUACUCAUCUGAAUAUUAUUAUUAUAAAAAUAUAUUUCUCAAAUUUAAGAACCUUUUUCGCUUUGCCUGGAGCAGUUCACUUUCAAUGAAAGAAAUUGAAGAAAAGAAUAAGUUUUAAGGGAUGUUGCGAGAAACAGGGUUUUUUUAUUUAGUAUUGAAGUUUAACAGUCACCACCUAGUGAGUCAGUUCUUUAAUCCUGAUAUUGUUAACAUUAUUGCAGUGUCAUGAAAAGACUACUCAACCCAUAAACGGGGAAAUACAAUUAAACACUUCUUUUUAUCGUCACAAUCAUCUUUGUGCUCACCACGGUUUAGGUCAAGUUCAUACAAGUUGGUGUCAAUUCUUUUGCAUGGAACUGUGACCACAUUUCAUUGUAAAUUAUGAUUAUUUUUGUAUAAUGUUGUUGGAAUAAAGUAUGUAGUGCGCCAUCGUGCACUAAUAAAGUAUGAACAAUGUAUCGUAUUAUUUCCGUAAAACUGAA